AUGCCUUCGUUGUUGAAGGGAGUUGGAUUCAUCACCGGUGCUGCGUCAGGUAUUGGCAAGGCGACCGCUCAGUGUUUUGCAAAGCAUGGUGUGCGAAAGCUAGCUCUGGGUGACUUGAACAUCAAGGCCCUGGAGGAUACGGCCACAGAACUCAAGAACACCUACCCCGGGCUCGAAGUGUUAGCACUAGAGCUCAAUACUGCUUCAGAGAAGUCUGUUGAAGACUCAAUUUCCACCACUGUAAAGAAGCUCCACCGUAUUGACUAUGCCGUCAAUAAUGCUGGGAUAGCUGGAGCGGCAUGGAAGUCUGCUGAGUCAGACCUCGCUGGAUGGCAGAAAACAGUGGACGUCAACUUGACUGGAGUUUGGCUGUGUUCAAGAGCGGAGAUUAGAGCAAUGCUGCACCAGGAACCGCUUGAGGCAAACAAUCCGCGACUAAAUCGAGGAAUCAUCAUUAAUGUUGCGUCCAUGUACGGCAAGAUAGCAACUAACGCCGCCGUUGGAAAUGUCAGCUAUACCGCGACGAAACAUGGCGUUGUGGGCAUGACUAAAGCAGAUGCCAUUACAUAUUGUAGAGAAGGUAUCAGGAUAAAUGCUAUGUGUCCUGGGUACGUAGCCACUCCAUUACUGGAAAAUGCAGGAGUCGGGAUGCAGGGUGAGAUCGAGAGGACUCCGGUCAAGAGGCUUGCGUUGAUGGAAGAAAUUGGGGAUAGCAUCGUAUACAUGGCGAGUCCAUUGAGCAGUUUCAUGUAUGGAGCGGCGAUGGUAGUGGACGGAGGGUAUACAAUUCAAUAA